AGAGACUUUACUUGUGGAAAUACUUAUUGAAAUAGAGAGACUUUGGCGUCAGUACUACAUCACUACUCCCACAUUCCCUUUCCCAUUUUCCUGCAAAAUCAAAUAUUCUUCUGAGCCAGCUACUCUCUCUCCUUUCGUCAUCUCAAACGGUAUAGUGGUGAGGUAGUGAGUUAACGGUGAGUAUGGGAGCUUUUUGUAAUGAAGAAGUCAGUUUCACUUCAAAUUACAACUUCGCUUCGUCUCAAGAUCUCAGAUUCUCUAAGCAAAUCCAUGACAACGUCCACGGCAACAUCUAUAUCGAUCCUCUCUACUUGAAGUUCAUUGACACAGAACAAUUUCAAAGGCUUCGUGAACUUAAACAACUAGGUGUAGCACACAUGGUCUAUCCAGGAGCAGUGCAUUCUAGAUUUGAGCAUUCCCUUGGAGUGUAUUGGCUUGCCAAUGAAGCUGUCCAUAAGCUUAAAACCCACCAAGGUAUGGAGCUUGGAAUUGAUUACUUUGAUAUACAAACAGUGAAACUUGCGGGUCUUCUACAUGAUAUUGGCCAUGGACCUUUUAGUCACUUGUUUGAACGCGAGUUUCUUCCUCAAGUUCGCAAGGGAUUGGACUGGUCUCAUGAGCAAAUGUCAGUGGAUAUGAUUGAUCACAUUGUUGAUGAGCGUCAUAUUGAUAUUGAUUCAGGAACCAUUAAAAAGGUCAAGGAAAUGAUACUUGCUAGUUCCAAGUUUGCAUUGACAAAAAGCUCAAGGGAGAAACAGUUCUUAUAUGAUAUUGUGGCAAAUGGCCGGAAUGGAAUCGAUGUUGACAAGUUUGAUUACAUUGUCCGAGAUAGCCGAGCGUGUGCUCUAGGAUGCAAUUUUCAGUUCCAGAGGUUAAUGGAAACAAUGAGAGUUUUGGGAGAUGAGAUAUGCUAUCGAGCCAAAGAUUACUUAACCAUCCACAAGUUAUUUGCCACACGAGCGGAUCUACACAGAACUGUUUAUACUCAUGCUAAAGUGAAGGCAAUAGAGCUGAUGGUUGUAGAUGCACUAGUGAAAGCAAAUGAUUAUCUACAGAUAGCAUCUCAUAUAGAGCAUCCUUCUCAGUACUGGAAGUUGGAUGAUACCAUUUUAAAAACCAUCGAGACUGCUCCAGACCCAGAACUGAAGGAAUCUAGGGAUUUGAUCCUUCGCAUUCGGAGAAGGGACUUGUACCAGUUCUGUAAUGAGUAUGCUGUCCCAAGAGACAAAAUAGAGCAUUUCAAGGAUGUUACGGCACAUGAUAUUGUGUGUUCGCAGAAAAGUAGCAAUGAGAGACUUAACGAAGAGGAUGUUGCUGUGACCAAUGUCAGGAUAGAUCUUACUCGUGGAAGGCAUAAUCCGCUUGAAAGUAUCCAUUUUUUCAAGGAUUAUGAAAGUGACGAGAAGUUCUCUAUACCUGAGGAUCGUAUCAGCCACUUGCUGCCAACAUCAUAUCAAGAUAUGAUUGUGAGAGUGUACUCCAAAAAGGCCCACCUGGUGGGAGCUAUUUCUGACGCAUUUGAAAAUUUCCAGUUGAAGACUUAUGGAAUAAAAGCACAGGUUCAUGCAACACCAGAGAAGAAAAAACGCCGUAUAUGAUAUUUGACCCAGUCAACAGUAGAUAUAUUUGAUUACAGUAUAUCUCAAGCGACAUAUUGCAGCCAAUUUUUGUACAGAGGUCUUCAAAUGACACGUGAAAGGGCUCUCAAGAGUUAUAGUAGAAUUUUUGUAGAAAUGAUAAUAUCCCCCCCCGUAUUCUUCAAUUUCUUUAUCGAAAUGCUACUGAAACAAGGGACUCUUGUUACUGACUUUCGAAUAUUGCAGAUGCUCAUUUCCAUAAUAUCUUCUCUUCUAAUCAAGGGCUGGUGAAUAUAUAUUAGCGAUUUUUAUGUA